GAAAAAAAAAAGGAAAAGUAAGGAAACGACUCUUCUUCGACGAAAGCUCACAGAUCGCUGAGUGGCAAGAACCGGUUGAGUCCAAAACAUUUAGUUGGAUUUUCUUUAUUUAUUUCAAGAAUUUUAGGUGGACAGCUAUGGCUUCGGGAGGGGAAUCCAAAAAUGAUGAUCUAGCCACUGCAAUUUUGAAGCAAAAGAGCAGGCCCAACAGACUGGUUGUUGAUGAAUCCAUCAAUGAGGACAACAGUGUGGUCUCGCUUUCUCAGGCCAAGAUGGAUGAGCUGCAACUCUUCCGUGGAGACACAGUGCUUAUGAAGGGCAAGAAGAGGCGGGAAACUGUGUGCAUUGUCCUCUCAGAUGACACAUGCUCUGAUGAAAAAGUUCGCAUGAACAGGGUUGUUCGCAACAAUCUGAGGGUUCGAUUGGGUGAUGUGAUCAGCAUUCAGCCAUGCCCUGAUGUGAAGUAUGGAAAGAGGAUCCAUGUUCUUCCAUUAGAUGAUACAGUUGAAGGAAUUACUGGAAACCUGUUUGAGGUCUACCUCAAGCCAUACUUUCUCGAGGCUUACAGGCCAAUCCGCAAAGGUGAUAUUUUCCUGGUCAGAGGAGGCAUGCGUGCUGUGGAAUUUAAAGUGGUAGAAACAGAUCCCUCGCCCUAUUGCAUUGUUGCACCUGAUACAGUAAUCCACUGUGAAGGAGAGCCAAUCAGAAGAGAGGAUGAGGAAGAGGCCCUAAAUGAGGUGGGCUAUGAUGACAUUGGAGGUGUGAGAAAGCAGUUGGCGCAAAUCAAAGAGAUGGUAGAGUUGCCUCUUAGACACCCUGCACUAUUCAAGGCUAUAGGAGUCAAGCCACCACGUGGAAUCUUGCUGUACGGACCGCCUGGAACUGGAAAAACCUUGAUUGCCAGAGCUGUGGCGAAUGAAACUGGAGCUUUCUUCUUCCUUAUUAAUGGACCUGAAAUCAUGAGUAAGCUGGCAGGAGAGAGUGAGAGUAACUUGAGGAAGGCCUUUGAGGAAGCAGAGAAGAAUGCUCCAGCAAUUAUCUUCAUUGAUGAGCUUGAUGCGAUUGCUCCCAAAAGAGAGAAGACUCAUGGUGAGGUGGAGAGGCGCAUUGUUUCUCAGCUUCUGACCUUAAUGGAUGGCCUAAAACAGAGAGCUCAUGUCAUUGUCAUGGCUGCCACCAACAGACCAAACAGCAUCGAUCCAGCUCUGAGAAGAUUUGGACGUUUUGAUAGGGAAGUGGACAUCGGUAUCCCUGAUGCGACUGGCAGGUUGGAGAUCCUCCAGAUUCACACAAAGAACAUGAAGCUGGCUGAUGAUGUUGACUUGGAACAGGUAGCUAAUGAGACCCAUGGACAUGUGGGUGCAGAUCUGGCUGCCCUCUGCUCAGAGGCAGCUCUGCAGGCCAUCAGGAAGAAGAUGGAUCUGAUUGACCUUGAAGAUGAGACCAUUGAUGCUGAAGUUAUGAACUCUCUGGCUGUCACUAUGGAUGACUUCAAGUGGGCACUCAGCCAGAGCAACCCAUCAGCACUGAGGGAGACUGUUGUUGAGGUUCCCAACAUUAGCUGGGAAGACAUUGGUGGAUUGGAAGAUGUUAAGCGAGAGCUGCAGGAGUUGGUACAGUAUCCAGUGGAGCACCCAGACAAGUUCCUGAAGUUUGGCAUGACCCCAUCCAAAGGUGUGCUGUUCUAUGGUCCCCCUGGUUGUGGUAAAACCCUGUUGGCCAAAGCCAUUGCCAAUGAGUGCCAGGCCAAUUUCAUCUCCAUCAAAGGACCUGAGCUGCUUACCAUGUGGUUUGGAGAGUCUGAGGCUAACGUCAGAGAGAUAUUUGACAAAGCUCGCCAGGCAGCCCCAUGCGUGCUCUUCUUUGAUGAACUGGAUUCCAUAGCCAAAGCUCGUGGUGGCAACGUGGGUGAUGGUGGUGGAGCCGCUGAUCGUGUCAUCAACCAGAUCCUGACAGAGAUGGAUGGAAUGUAGCAAAAGAACGUCUUUAUCAUCGGAGCCACAAACAGACCAGACAUUAUUGAUCCUGCUAUCCUGAGACCUGGCCGACUGGAUCAGCUAAUCUACAUCCCACUGCCCGAUGAGAAGAGCAGGAUCAGCAUCCUUAAAGCCAACCUCCGCAAGAGUCCCAUCAGCAAGGAUGUGGACUUAGACUUUCUGGCUAAGAUGACCAAUGGCUUCUCUGGAGCUGAUCUUACAGAGAUCUGCCAGCGGGCGUGCAAGUUAGCCAUUCGAGAGAGCAUUGAGAACGAGAUCCGCAGAGAGAGGGAGAGGCAAACUAACCCCUCGGCUAUGGAGGUUGAAGAAGAUGAUCCUGUACCAGAAAUCAGAAAGGACCACUUUGAAGAGGCAAUGCGAUUCGCUCGCCGUUCAGUCAGUGACAAUGACAUUCGCAAAUAUGAGAUGUUCGCUCAGACACUGCAGCAGAGUCGUGGCUUUGGCUCAUUCAGGUUUCCCUCCAGUGCUGCAGGUGGCAGUGGUCCGAGCCAGGGCUCAGGGGGAACUAGCAGCGGUCCCGUUUUCAACGAGGAUAAUGACGAUGACCUUUAUGGAUAAAUAUACACUGCCCCACAGUGGUCAGUUCUGGGAUCACACUUGUACAAAUUCUCACCAGAUUCCACAUUUUUAGGACUUUGUGCUUCUUUCAUGUGUUCCUUUUUUGUAUGACUUACCUUGGAGAAAGCAUGUAGCUGCUUGGUUUGCCCUGGCUUUGUUGUGGGUGGGGGUAAGGGUAUAUUGAAAACACAGUGAAUGGCUGAUGCAAACGUUUAGGGGCGGGGUUAUUGAGUGGCCUCAUUUUCACUAUCACACAAAUGAGUGGCUUUAGUGAUGGGAUUCUGUACUAGGCUAACAGAACAGAAGGAUAAGCAUUGCUAAUUACUUUUUUUUUAUGAACAGUAGCAUAUAAUGUAUUCCAAAUUUGUCAAGUUUAUGUUGUUGAAAAUAAAAUCUCCCUGAAAGCGU